CAUUUUUUAUCCGAUAAAAAAAAAAAUCGGUAAGACCAGUACAGUCCAGUCUUGGGUAGGUAAACAGCUAAAAGUAAUUUCCCGCAGCUCUGAUCUCGGUUUGUCUCCUAACCUGCAGGGGCAGCAGGGAGCGCGCAGCUCUGAGCAGGAGGGAAGAAGUUGAGCGAGUCGACGAGUUCUGCUGCGCUAAUUUAUCAAAAUAUUAGCUUAUCUAACUACAUACAGCUACUCGCUGGGUAGAUAAACCCUUUAUACCUGUUUAUUAGACAGUCGCUUCUUCACAGGUUCGUAUAAACAUUUACUGAUCAAAUAGAUCAGACUGGGCUGGUUUUAGGCUGGUUUUUACGUAUUAAAGUAGUUAGCUAAGCUAAGCUAACGCUAUCUGGUUACGAGGCUAACCGUUAAUUUUUGCUCGGAUUUCAGAGAGAAACGGACAUUAACCUUUUACUUUGACAGAAUGGCAGCAGACUGGUUGGGUAGUCUUGUUUCGAUCAACUGCGGUGCAACGUUAGGAGUGUACCAAGGAGAGGUCUCUUCUGUUGAUCAGACCAGUCAAACCAUUUCCCUCAGACAGCCAUUUCACAAUGGAGUCAAGUGUCCAGUGCCUGAAGUCACUUUCAGCGCUAUUGACAUCAAAGAACUCAAAAUCUUGGAAAUUCGUAAUGGCUCCAAUGGAGUCUCAAAGCGGAGUCUUCCUGACCCUAGCUCCUCCACGACUGGUUACAGUGGACGCAAGGAUAAAGGUGGGGGUUGUGGAGCUAAUGGUCAGAUCAGCAGUGCUCCUGUGACUGUACCGGGUAAAGCUGAACCUCGCAUCCAGGAGGGUGGCAUGUCUCCUUCACAGCACUAUUCAAAGAGUUAUGGAGAGCGGCAUGUAGACAUGAUGAGCCAGAAUAAAGGCUUCAGACGAAGACACAACUCAUGGUCUUCAAGCAGUAGGGGUGCAAAUCAAGCCACUCCGAAAAAGAACGGGUCAAAGAAUGGUCAGACGAAGAAUAAAGAUGAUGAAUGUUUUGGAGACGGCAUGGAUGACGUCCUAGAUGAAGACUUUGAUUUUGAGGGGAACUUGGCUCUUUUUGACAAAGCAAAAGUCUUCUCACAGAUUGAGUCCUCAGAUCGACGAGGGAAUGGUGCACGAUCUCGGGGAACUCCUGCAGAGCAGACACCCUCUCGCUACCGCCAUGAUGAGAACAUUCUAGAAGCUAAACCUGUUGUAUACAGACAGAUCACGGUGCCUCAGCCAGAGGCAAAAGAAUAUAGCACUGACUCGGGACUGGUGGUCCCCAGUAUCUCAUAUGAAUUGCACAAGCGCUUGCUGAGUGUGGCAGAGAGUUAUGGCCUCUCUUUGGAGCGCAGGCUGGAGAUGACUGGUGUGUGUGCAAGCCAGAUGGCACUUACACUGCUCGGAGGCCCAAACAGACUCACCCCAAAAAAUGUGCACCAGCGGCCAACAGUGGCACUGCUUUGUGGGCCACAUGUUCAGGGAGCUCAGGGAAUAAGCUGUGGCCGCCACCUGGCUAACCAUGAAGUGGAGGUCAUCCUCUUCCUUCCCAAUUUUGUCAAGAUGCUGGAAGCUAUCACCAGUGAACUAACACUCUUUGGAAAGACGAGUGGAAAACAGGUGUCCAGCGUUAAAGAUUUGCCUGAUACACCAGUGGAUCUGGUCAUAAACUGCCUCGACUCUCAUGAGAACACUUUCCUGAGGGACCAGCCAUGGUACCGGGCUGCUGCUGACUGGGCUAACCAAAACCGGGCCCCUGUGCUGAGUAUAGAUCCUCCGGUGAGCGGGCAGGAGCAGGCUGUGGAGGCUAAAUGGUCCCUCUCUCUGGGGCUUCCUCUUCCACUGCCUGAGAGAGCAGGCCGUGUGUACCUUUGUGACAUAGGCGUUCCCCAGCAAGUAUUUCAAGAAGUGGGCAUCAAAUAUCAUUCCCCCUUCGGCUGCAAGUUUGUUAUCCCGCUACACUCAGCGUAAGCAGACUCUAGCUCUCAUCCAUGACCUGUCACGUCAGGGUACGGGGUCACUGGUCCAGAACCUGCCUUAAAUUCCCUUUUCUUUUUUCUCCCCUCAAGUUGGUGAUCAGAGGUUGCUUUAAGCAUUGUGACAAACAAGCUACUUUCUGGUGGUACUAAAUCCAUCAUAGUUAAUUAUUUUUCUUUGAAGCAAAUCACAGACACAGACUCAGAGAGUAGGACUUUGAUGCUCCAUCAAAAGGGAUAAGAAACGGAGGACAGCAGCCUGACUGGGGCCAUUUCCUCCCACCAGCCUUCUCUGCAUCUACAGUGGAACCAGCAUUGAGCCUCUGCAACCUCCUGCUUUUCAUUUUAAAUGAAAUGAUGUUUGGGUAAUUCUGUGUAGUCUUUCCUGACUUAACCUGUGGCUUGGUCUGCAAGGGUCAAAUCUGUUGCACAGAGACACAAUAUUACAUCUUUUCACAAGAUAAAUGUAAACUGCAACAAAACCUAGAACAAUAUUGAUUGGGCUUCACCUUUUCUGCAGUCUAAUUAGACUUAUUAGUUUUGUUUGUUGUUUUCAUCAUCUCAAAAACUGAAGAUUUCUUUUGUAGUGAAGAAUGAAUUUAAAAUUCAUUCUGAAAUGAUGAAUAUCUGUAGCAUGUGGGGAUUUCCUUUUUUCAAGCUGGUGCCAAUGUGAUCAAAGUCAGCAUUAAAACACAAAUGCAGCACAAGGCUUUUUGUGGCUUCCUGAUGACCAAGCAGAAUGGGAUCCAUAGUAACUGACACACUGGCUUAUUGUGAUCAGAGCUUUUUCAGUACAAGACUGCCUAGUGAUUUGUUUUGUUGUUGGUCGAGAGUGAUUGACUGGUUUCUAAGAAUGUGUUCCUUUUUAGUGAAAUUUAUGGGUUUAUACCAAGAACAGAUAUUAUUUGAAGAGUUUAUUGAAAGGCCUAUUUUUUACAAACAAUGGAAUAAUGUCUGUCAUGUGACAAGGUAUUGUAUGGCAUUAAGUAAUCUUAUUUUGUAACUAAUGUGCACAGAGCUAUGGUGUAACAUUUGUAACAUUCGGACCCUUCUACAUGGGCUUUUUCAUGUUAAAUGUGUGUACAAAAGUAAUCUGUUUCUUAAUGUAAAGUUCACUUUACUUGACCUUUCUUUUUAACAAUAUACUUCUAUUCUAAAAUUAGAUUUAAUUGUUAAAAAUAAGAAUGAAACUUGUAAACUAUAUUUCAAAUGGUUCUAUGAAGAACUACUUGUACGUCUUGUUGCAAGUUCACAUUAUAACAUUACAAGUGAGUGAUGUCUUAAUUUCAUCACAUAAGGUACCAUUAUUUGUAAAAUACUAUGGUUUGUAAUAAUUUUGUGUAGGUCCCCCUAAUUAUUGUGGCAGUUUUCAGUUUGUCUAUUUGUUGUAAGAUGUUCUGACUGUUUGAAGAUUGCACUUUUUUGUCGAUUCGUAAGUAGGGACCUUGGAUACUUAACAGCCUGCGGUUUUUGGAAGUUACAGAAAAACAGUCCGUUGGAAAGAGUGGUGAUAUUUGGGAAACAGGCCCAGAGGUGUGCCAAAAUCUCAAGUCAUAAUGCCCCCUUUAGAGUACCAUUGAGUUGUACCACUGUUCAAUUGCUGAUACUUACUAUUAGACUUAAGAUAGUCAUAUGGAUUAGCUAAAAAUUAGUUCUGAUAAAGUUCUUUUAACAGUAUUUUACUAAUAAAAGCUGGAUCACCAAUCUCAGAUAGUGCAGCUUUUGUGAAAUUUGCAAAUAAACAAAAUGACAUACAUGUUUGUGUACAUAGUUAAAUGCAGAAACAAACUUAUGUCACUUCAAUGAUGAAGAAUAUUGGUAUAUUGCUGAUUGAUAUUGCAAUAAUCAGUGUAGCAGAGGUUAAAUGAUUUUUAUGGAUGGUGUUUAAAAUAGCACUGUCCAUUUUCUUGAAGCAUAAAGUGAUUGACUUUAUGUUGGGAGAGGAAAAUAUUAUCCUGAUCAAUUUGUCAGGUAUGAUAAUUACACUUGCACUGGCUGUAUUAGUCUAGUGCUAUGUCAAACUUUUUGGUUUACAGUUUUUUUUGUUUGUUUUUUUGCUGAAGGGUGAUGAAUCAGCACAAAGCAGGUAGAGACAUUUAAGCAGUUUGUCCACUUAAUUUCAGCUGUUCGGAGAUCUCCGCCUUUUCAUUUUUGACAUUGAGGACUAUAGGGUGAGCAUGUUUGAAGUCAUUAUUCAUUGUAGGUCAUGACUUGACCUAUAACAAUAUGAAACAUAUAACAGACUGUGAAGCUAUGCAGAUAUAAGGCAGUGUAGAAUCAGAAUGGUUGUGCUUGAUAAUUGAGGUGUAUCUCAAGCACCAGUAGGCUUUUUUAUUAUAGCUGGUCUGAUUUCUUUUUCUAAACUAGACUUUGAUUUAACAUGUUUAGGGCUAGUUAUCCAGAGCCAGAUUAAGCCUAAAACCACAUUGAAAUGAAUUCCCAAAUGUUAUUUGCCAUGAGCCCUGCAAUUUAGUCCAAUACUAAGCUUAAUACUUGUCUUGGAAAACUGGCCCAUUUGCUGCUUGUGAAACGUUUUAUAUGUAUUUCCCAACAGUUGCUUUGUAUGCAGUUGAUUCUUUAGUGGAAUCUUCUUAAUAUUCCAGAUAAUAUCUUAAGUUAUUCUCUGUAAAUUUUUUGUUAACGAUCAACAACAUUUAGAGUUUUUGAACCUAAAAAUAAAGCUGUAUUGUUCGCUUGAGUCUAGGUGUACUGAGCUCAGUUUUAUUGCAGAGGUCAUUUUUGUUAAAGAAUGUAGCCUCGCUUUUUUGUUAUCUCUAAGCCGGUUGACUUUUUUUUGGUUACUGCUGGCUGUUUUUUUUGUGUAUUUUGUUGCAUUUGAAUAGUAACUGUGCAAUACCUGAGCACUGAGUUUACAUGGGUGCAAAGAGAGAUGCACUUGUAUGUCAACCAUUCCUAAAUGUGAGGUUUAACUCGUUUAUGCUUUCAGAGAGAGAGAGAGAGAAAGAGGUGUUUUAUAUUUACUCCUGAAAACAGACCAAGAACUGACCUUGAGCCUCUCAACUGUUCUGGCAUUUGGCUAUAGCUUUUAUAGCUUUUAUGCUUUUGAUUUAAUUUUCUUAUAUUUGUUUUCUAGUGGUCAUUUGCUGUUAUAAAUGAUGUCAAUGACCUUUUUGUUGUCAAGGUUUCUUAUUUUCCUGUUGUGAAGGAUGAUUUACUUUUCUUUCAUCUACAAUGUGUAUGGCAUCAACAAAGAUAGCAGGUGACAGGCCCUGGCCAGCACAAGCCAAUACUACUUAAUGGGGCCUUGUUUUGUGUGCAGUCAUGUUCACUGUUCAGAUUAAACUAAACAGAUUCUGAAUUUGCUUCAGUUUUCUCUUCUCUUCCUUUGCUGGUACUUCCUUUUGGUUACCCACUCUUAACAAAAGCAUGCAAUUAUAGUCACAUCACAUUGUCUAAUAAUCUUCUGUUUUCAACACCUUUUAUGAGGCAGUGCAAGCUAUUGUUUUGUACCAGACUACUAUGUGACUUUAUUUGGGGGAAAACUUGAUUUGUAAUCCAGUGAUCAUGUGUUACAACACUGUUUUGAUUGGUUUGGGUGAUAAUACAAAGGUAUUAAACCCUUAACAUAUGUCGGUAGGUUGUUAAAACCGUGACUAAUUAAAGACAACAAUUGAGA